CCCAGCAGUGCCACCCGCAAGUUCCGCCCACCUGUGCCCAGCAGUAUCACCCACCUGUGCCCAGCAGUGCACCCACCUGUGCCUAGCAGUGCACCCACCUGUGCCACUCUGCAGUGUCACACACCUGUGCCCAGAAGUGCCACCUACCUGUGCCCAGAAGUGCCACCCACCUGUGCCCACCAGUGCCACCCACCUGUGCCCACCCACCUGUGCCCACCCACCAGUGCUGCCCACCAGUGCCACCCACCAGUGCAGCCCAGCAGUGCUGCCAGUCAGUGCCACCAGUCAGUGCCACCAGUCAGUGCCCAGGGUUGUGCCAGUCAGUGCCGCCAGUCAGUGCCCAGCAGUGAUGCAGUCAGUGCCGUC